AUGCCCCUGAUCCGACUUCAACCCCAUCCGUUCACCAGCAUCCCUCCACACCCUUCCCUCCCCGACGACGCGCCUCGCCCCGAACUCCGCCCCUACAUCAUCGCCGCUCUCCACGAAGCCCUCGACUUGCUCGCCUCCAUCCCGUCCACCUUCACCGCGGACCCUAAAUUGCGCCCUUCCUCGCCCUCGCAGGCAAAAGUCAAACUCCUCCGCAAAUGGCGUCAUUUGUCCUCUGCUGAGCCCGCGACAGUCCCCGGCGCUGCCGGUAGCGGUAGUGCAGGUCCCGGUGCACAGAACAAGACUGAUUCCGAGUCCAACUCUCGCUCUCGGUCUGAGUUCUGGGUCUGUCGGCAAAGCGAACAUGUCAAUGCGCGCGCGGACGGCACGGCGUCGUGGGCUGAGUUUCAGGAAGGGUUGAGGACGGACCAUGCACAGCAUGAGAUGGAGUAUACGCCGACUGUUUCGGCGGUUGAGAAGUUAUUGGAUUGGAACGAGGCACAUAUUGGGGAGAUUGAGGUUGAUGGAGUGACGUUUAAGGAUGUUGAGAUGGAGGUCAACCUCAUCACGCAUACCUUCAAACCAUCGUUCCUCAUCUCCCCUCGCUGUUUCAUAUCCCUCACCAUCUCCGCAGCGUACCAUGGCCACCCAUCCACUCCGUCUUCGCACGGAGCCGAGCAGCCCCCAACCCCCGAAGCACCAAGCUUCCUCACACUACAAAUCCCUCUGCACGCAGCAGCGCCGUCCACUCCGCCCGCGCUGCUAAAGACAAUAUCCGCCUCGAUCCCCAAACGGGCCGUCCUCGCCAACUAUGCGAGCAUUGAACGCGCGGAACUCCGAUCGCGAUCUACAUCUCCAUCCGCGUCCGGCUCUUCCCAGUCCAAGACGUCCUCGUCGUAUACCGAAUGGACGAUGGCGACGACUUCCGACGCGGCGGGCUCGAUUCCGCAGUGGGUCCAGCGGAGUUGGGCGUUGGGUGGAGUGCCCAAGGCUGUUGUUGCUGAUGUGGGGUUGUUUAUUGGGUGGACGAUGCGGAGGAGAGGCACGGCUGCUACUUAG